AUGUUAGUUAUAUUUUUUCAAGAAAUGUUGAGAAAAAUACGGGCGCGUAUAAAAAAUCAGACUUCAACGAAUGAUUGCAAAUCAAUUCCACGAUCAUUCUUUCGACGACGAUGUAAAAAAUUUAUAUCAUCACAACAAGAGCCAACACGGUAUGAUAAAAGAUUGGCUCGAAAAUGGUGUGUAUUAUGCACCGAUUAUUCUUGUGUUUAUAGAUGUUAUUGUGGACGUACAAAAGAAGAACAUUUCGAUAAAGAUAAUUCAUCGUUAAGGAUUCCGUCCAAAGCAAUCAAAUCGAUUCAAUCAAAGUCAAAUUAUAAUAAUCUCUAUAUAAAUAGUCACGAUCCAGAUAAUCACGAUAUUGAAAAAUGGAACAUAUCCAGACAUACUGCACUUUAUCCGACAAAUGCAUUUGGAACAAUUGAAUUCGAAGGCACUCCUCAUCCAGCCAAGGCCCAAUAUAUUCGCUUGGCAUAUGAUACGAAUCCAUUACAAAUUGUACAUUUGUUUAAUAAAUAUUGGCGUUUACAAUUACCAAAUUUAAUUGUUUCAAUUCACGGGGGAAUAAAAAAUUUUGAUUUACAACCACGUCUUCGACAAGUACUAAAAACUGGUCUAUUGAAAGCGGCAAAUACAACUGGUGCUUGGAUACUUACAAAUGGGACUAAUACCGGUACUGUUCGACAUGUUGGUGAUGCUCUAUUUGUAAAAUCAAGAAGUCGUUCGAAAAUAGUUGUCAUUGGAAUUGCUGCUUGGGGUGUAGUAGAGGGACGUGAACAUCUAAAAGGAGAAAACAAAACAGUAUCCUAUCAUUGCAGUGCGGCUGUUACCGGUGAAAAUAAUGCAACAUUGAACAGUUCACAUAGUUGCUUUUUAUUAGUUGACAAUGGUACUAUAGGAAAAUAUGGUGGAGAAAUUGUCUUACGCAAACGAUUAGAAAAAUAUUUAUCGCAGCAAAAAAUUACCUUUCAUGGUCAUUCGGGUAAACAAAAUAUUCCUGUUGUUUGCGUGAUUGUAGAAGGUGGAACAAAUACAAUUCGUACAGUAUUAGAAUAUGUUACAGAAGAGCCACCUGUGCCGGUGGUCGUUUGUGAUGGAAGUGGUCGUGCAGCCGAUCUCAUUUCAUUUACUUACAGACAUGCAGAGAAAGAUGGUACAAUGGCGGUCGAUUUGCAAGAUCAACUAUUACGUACGAUAAUGAAAGUAUUUUCCUAUAAUCGUCGUCAAGCGGAAAAUGUUUAUGUUGAAUUAAUGUUAUGUAUGAGAAAAAAAGAAUAUAUAACACUUUUUCGAAUUGAUGACGACAACGGUACAGGUCAAGAAGUUGAUCAAGCUAUUUUACGUACUUUAUUAAGAAAUCACAAAGCAAGUGCUUUAGAACAAUUUCGACUCGUUUUAUCCUGGAAUAGACCGGAUAUUGCUCAAACAUGUUUAUUAAAUAAACGAAAUGAAUGGAGACAAGCAGAUUUGGAAAUAGCCAUGUUUGAAUCAUUAUCAGAAGAUAAAGUUGAAUAUGUUAAAUUACUAUUGGAAAAUGGUGUAUCGAUGCAAAAAUUUUUAACAUUUGAUCGUUUACAAGCAUUGUACAAUAAUAAAUGUGGUAUAACAACAAAUACGUUGGAUUUAAUUGUUAGAGAUGUUAUACGUCAUCAUGGACGAAAAACAUAUUCACUUUUUGAUAUUGGUCUUGUUAUUGAAAAAUUGAUGGGCCAGGGUUACCGUUCCACUUAUACUCGUCGAACAUUUCGUCAUUUGUGUGCGCGUCAAGCUUCUCGCUAUCGUCAAAAAUAUCAUAUGAAUUCGGAUGCUGAAAUAAAAGAGUUGCAUACAUCAGCAGCAAAUAUACCCGCAUCCAAUGAUAUACUCACAUCGUUAACAAAAAAACUAGGAAGUGAUAAUCCAACAUUUGAUUCACCAUAUAAUGAUUUAUUAAUAUGGGCUGUAUUAAACAAACGUCAUUCCAUGGCCUUGUUCUGUUGGGAAAAUGGCGAAGAUGGCUUAGCAAAAGCUCUAAUGGCUUGUCGUUUAAAUAAAUCACUGGCUCGUGAAGCGGAAGAUGAUGAAUUGGAUACAGAAAUUGCUGAAGAAUUUUUGUUAUAUGCAGAAGAUUUUCAACAAAGAGCAGUAGCUUUAUUAGAUCAGUGUUACAAAGAAGAUGCUGAUCGAGCUGGCCAAUUAUUAACAUAUGAAUUAAAUGAUAAGAAUUUCAGUGAUUUAAAUUGUUUAGAUUUAGCGGUAUUAGCUUAUAGUCGAGAUUUUGUGGCACAUAAAUCCUGUCAACAAUUAUUAUCUGAUUUAUGGAUUGGAGGAAUGAAUGUUAGAAAAUAUUUAAAAUGGAUGGUAUUAUUAGCAUUAUUUUGUCCUUUUGCUAUUUUUUUAAUUGAUUUCAAGUCACCUAGAGAACUUGAAAAAAUGCCACAAACUGAAGAAGAGGCAUAUCUUGAAGAGCAAAACGAGACGAGUGACAGUGAUGAUUCGGAAAGUGAUGAUAGCGAUGAUAGCCAAGACAGUGAUUUACAUGAAAUGUUUGAAAGUACAAAUGAUGACGAUGAACACACUCCUAAUGAUGAUCGAAAAAAAAAGAGAAAAAAAAAGAAAAAACGAAAGAAACGAAACAGUAGUAGCACACAUAAUGAUGAACAUUCAGCGGUUAAAAAUGAAGACAUGGCUCUAUUAGUAGUUGGCGAAAAAAAUGAAACAGAUACGAGUACUGAUUUAAUGACAGCGCCAAUCACGGAAUCAAUAGGAGGAACAACGAUUAUCAUUGAAGAUAAUAAAACUGGAAAUACUGGAUCUACAAAUUAUCGAUGUUUGAGCUUUAUUCAAAAGUGGAUUUAUCAAUCAAUAUUUUAUCGAUUUCUUUGCUUAUUACGUGAUCGCUGUCAAAAAUCCUUUAAACGUUACGGCUGUUGGAAAAAAAUAAAAACAAUUGAGACAUUGAAAUAUACAAACUCGAUAGGUGAUACUCAACCGUGUGUAUUCUAUGAAAAUAGUCGAGAACAAAACACGUUAAUAACUAACAAUGCUGAUUUACCAAUCAUGAAAAAAAUUUAUGAAUUUUAUAAUGCUCCGGUGACAAAAUUUUUUCAAGAUUUAAUAUUUUUUUUAUUAUUUUUGGGUUUAUUUACUUAUACUGUUCUUAUCCGCACACCAGCUAAACCGUCCGUUGUAGAAUGGCUGCUAAUGUGUUAUUUAUCUACCAUGGCAUUAGAUCAAAUCCGUGAAAUCUUAACAAUGAAUGCAACUGCAUGGAAAAUUCGUUUAAGUGUUUAUUUCAAUGAUUACUUACAUCUAUAUGAUACAUUGGGUAUUUUAAUAUUUGCAUUGGCAUUUGGUUUACGUUUGACAUUUGAGUGGCGCGUUAUUGGACGAUUAUUACUUUGUAUAAAUUUGAGUUAUUGGUAUUUGAGAAUGUUUCAUUUUCUUGUUGUUUCAAAAGAAGUUGGUCCAUAUAUUCACAUAGCAGCAAGAAAUAUUAUUGAUCUACUACGUUUAAUUGUGAUCGUUAUUAUUGUACUAAUGUCAUUUGGCGUCUCAAGACAAGCAAUAAAAUAUCCGGAUGAAUCGUUUACUUGGCAUUUAGUGAAAGAGAUAUUUUUAGAACCAUAUUUUAUGAUUUAUGGAGAAGUAUAUGCGGACAAAAUUGAUCCACCAUGUAACCGUACUGAAAAUCCGUUUAAUCCAUCUUGUAUGCCCGGUCAUUGGAUUACACCAAUCACAAUGACCGUAUUUUUACUUGUUUGUAAUAUUCUAUUAUUGUCAAUGUUAAUGGCAAAAUUCAACACUACAUUUCUAAGAUUAAGUCGAUUAUCUGACCAAGUGUGGAAGUUUCAACGUUAUCACAUUGUCAUGCAAUAUGAAUCAAAACCAAAACUUGCACCGCCUAUCAUUAUCUUUUCACAUAUUUAUUUAUUAAUUGAAACACUUUAUCGUAUGUGUAGGCAUAGAAAGCGAACAUUCGAUAGAGGAUUAAAAUUAUUUUUAAAUGUUGAUGAUAUUGAAAAACUACGCGACUUCGAAGAAGAAUGUGUACACGAAUAUUUAACUACGAAAGAAGAACGAGAGAAAGGCACUGUAGAAGAAAAAAUGUCAUUUACGGCGGAUAAAGUCUCCAAUAUGUUAACUCGAGUCGAUACAAUAAAACAAAACGAAACACAACAAAACUCGCAUCUACAAAGUUUUGAUGAACGUUUACAGCGUCUAGAAGACAUGCAUACUUCAAUAAUGACAUUAGUUCAAACAUUAGUGCAAAACUUGAGUCAACAGCAACAAUCACCUUCAUCCGCAUUACCAUUACACAUUUUACAAUCCUCGUUAAUAUCACAACAUAUUUCUCCACAACAAUCAACAAAUAACGACCUCAAAUUUGACUCUGUUUCAUCAUCAUCAUUAUCACUGCAUGAAGUGAAAGGUGAUCAAACUGCAUUGGUAGAAAAAUCGCAAAAAUUAUCUUGUCAUCAUCCAGUUCAAGGCAGAAGUUUUAGUUUAGCCACACCACACCUAGAUCGCGGAGUACAAACUGAUAUUUUAUCAGCAUCACAUUCGUGUAACUUUAAUAAAACCCCAUCUUUUUCUCCAUUAGCUCCUGUUGUUAUAAUCACCGGACAACAUGAUGAAGUAAUAAACACUGUUCGAAAUCCAUUGUUUUCACCUUUAGAUAAAACAACGCUGAUGAUUCAACAUUCUUCACCACAUCAAGAUGAACAGAAACAAGAAGAAAAAUUACAUGAGGCAGAAGAAACAGAGCAUAAUAUUAUCGGACAACUUAUUAAACAACGUGUUCGAACUCUAUCAACAGCCGUUGAAGAAAUUGAACGUACGCUUGAACGUGUGCCUGGUCACAAUAAUGUUGAAAUGAUCACAGAAACAAGUAGUAAUAAUACAGACGAUUAUUUGGGAGAAGAAGUAUUGUUAGCAUCGAUUAUCGAUUGGACUGAAACAUCAAUUGAAAUGGUAAUCCCAUCUCAAAACAAUUCUCAAGAACAAGGAGACAAUGAUUUUGCUCUAACACCUAUCAAUAACAGUGGGCAUGUAUUAAACAUUCAACAUUUGGAAGUUGACGCUGUCUUUCUUCCAUCGCCACCAACACAACAACAAAACAAUACCGCAUCACCUCCAAUUUAA